AUGAUUCCUCGUGAUCGUGACGUUAUUUUAGAUGAUGAAAAAUAUUUCACGUUACUUGAAAAUAAUGUCAUGGAAAAUCAAUAUUUUUACUCUAUUGAUCUAACUUGUUUUCUUGCUGGUAAUAUGGCACUUGGUUGGAAUUUUCAACGUGAUUUAACUUAUCUACUUGAUAUGGCCAAAUAUUUAACUAAAACAUGUUAUCAAAUGUAUGCUGAGCAAGCAACUGGUCUUAGCCCUGAAAUAGCUUAUUUUAAUAUCGAUUCAAAUUCGAAUGAAUCAACAAUUAUUGUUCGAGAUAAUGAUGCACAUAAUUUAUUACGUCCAGAAUUGAUUGAAUCAUUAUAUUAUAUGUAUCAUAUAACUGGUAAUGAAAUGUAUCAAGAAUGGGGUUGGAAUAUUUUUCAAUCAUUUGAAAAAUAUACUCGACAAGAUGAAGGUUAUUCAUCAAUAAAUGAUGUUCGAAAUAAAGAUAAUGUUCGACCACGUGAUAAAAUGGAAAGUUAUUUUUUAGCUGAAACAUUAAAAUAUUUUUAUUUAUUAUUUCAUACGACAAAUUUAUUUCCAUUUAAUCAAUGGUUAUUUAAUACAGAAGCACAUCUAUUACCAACUUAUAAUAAUUAA